CCGCGGACGGGUCUGUAAGGUUGGUAACGGGGACUUGAAAGCAGUGGUUUUCCCGUUUCCACCGCGUCCCCUGAACCCUUGCCACCAUGCAAUGACUGCCGCCGAUAAAGGCGAAGAGAGCGCCCCCCGCGGCGCUCGAACGCGUCGCCUCCCUCUCUCCUUCAAGGUGGACGACACUGGAGACCGCUGCUCUGCUGCCGCCGUGGAUGUGUGUGUGUGUGUUGAGUUCGUUCCGGGAUAAGCGGCGAAUCCAAAGGCAAUCAGAGGCGUGUCGAGCCACCACCACGAGCGCGAAACUCUCCAGGCUUUCCCGCCGGCGUCAGAGGUUUGGCUGAGGUGGAGGAUUGUCCUCUCUCGCUCCUUUGGGUGCUGUUGCGCCUUUGAGUGUUGGCGGUGGGUGGUUCGCUGCUGACAACACAGGCGUUGCUGGGGGCCCCGUAUGGCUGCUUUCUUCGUUUUUUCCGACCAAAAAACUCCCCAUCUGCGCGCCCCCAAAACACGCUUAGCCAUAGGGUUUGACAGAAACCUUGCAAUAGCUCCCGCUGUAGUGCUGAUCCGAAUUUUUACCAGGGUGUUUUCGGCACCUAACACCCCAAUAAGCACACCCUCCGAGUAUCGUGCGAUUCGAGCAACUCUACGAGGUAGUAACUUUGGCGUGAAGCUCCGUGCGGGGGUGUGGUAUCUUCCGUUGUCGGGUGCACCGCUCCAUCUUGGUCCGCUGGAGAGAACGUCCUGAACGCCGUCCGUGGGCCAGAAGCUGGAUCUCUUGGCUGCAGGUGGGUGGGAGACAUGGAGGCAGUACUAGGGGAGUAGGUGUCAGAGUGAUUUCAACGCCAGGGGCUUCCAGGGUCGUGGAUUUGUGCUGUUCGGUGGCGUCCGCACCCUUCAUGUGUCCGCGCGCAACAGCACCCUGACACCCUCGCUGCUGCUGUUGUAUGGGUCGCAACUUUGGGCCGGGCACCCCGAGUGCUGAUAUGUGACAAGCACGAGAGUUAUUCCUAUCCAACAUGCUCACAGCAGAACUUUGUGCGCCAACAACGCCGAUCAAAGUAGCAUGAAUUUUUUGAAUUUGAAUUAUUUUCAACGGUCGUUGGUACGCUGCUGGCACCUGUGU